AUGGUUAACCGCGGUGGAAGAAGUAAAGCAUGCAGAACCUGCAAGCGAAGGCGCGUUAAAUGCGACAAUGGCAAGCCACAUUGUCAAAGAUGUGACAAGGCCGGUCUAAAUUGCGAGGGAUAUGUGAUAUAUGAAGAAUUUGUUGAUGAGACAAAGAGAUUCUCUACAGACAAACCUACAGCAAAAUCUAGGGAACUUCAAUUGCAACUGGCUCAUAAGCAGCAACAAGUUCACUAUCUGUCCCCUCCGCUCAUCAACGAGAAUGAUAUAAUUCACGCUCAUCUCCUCUCGAAAAUCGAGGGAGUCAUACCAUUAAUGACCAACCUCGAAUCACUCCCCUCCCCUACUUCGACACGCCCUCUUGCUAUACGGGCUCUGGCAGCGGUUUACUUUGGCAAGACCAACUCUGACAAACGUAUCUUUGACCUGGGUACAAGAGAAUAUGUCAAGGCGUUAAAGAAAGUGCACACGGAUUUGUCGAGCUCAACGACUGCCCUGGAGUGGGACACGUUGGUGAGCGUGCUUUGCCUGUGCAUGUUUGAGACUAUUGCUUUUACAGACAAGAAUGGUUGGUUGAGACACUAUGAGGGAAUCUCUCAGCUGGUCAAGCUGAGGGGUCCGUGGAGGCAUCGGACACCUCUAGACCGAGAGCUUCUGCGACAAUGUCGCUUCGAGAUUAUUGUGUGCGCGCUGAUAAAACGCUGCCAGUGUUACCUUGAAAUGGCUGAUUGGCAAACCAUCCCCUGGCCAGAUGAUGUGCCAAAGACCUCCAGCGACGCUCUCCACGACAUAUUCGCCCGUGUUCCAGGUCAACUUCAUGACGUGGAUAUCAUGGAAAGAGGUGAAGUCGAUAAUGACUUUGUGGACCACUUGCAUCAGCGUGUUGAGACAACCCUUUCAGAUCUUGAAGACUGGGGGUUACUUUACCAUCAUCCCCGUCCUCUGUCAGGCUCGGUACCAAAAAUUGACGACACCCAACACACUGUCAAAGAUAAAGCAUUACUUGCACUCCAGAGAGCUAUUAUCCUUUGCAUGUCAGAUCUCUGUAUGAAUCUCGGAAUCCCAUUAGUGGCUGAGGUACCAGUUGUCUUGGAGAAUCAACAGAUGAUUAGAACGUCUAUCGCGAUUGAGAUAUGUCAACUGGCAAUUUCAUGUCUAGGCGAAGGGUCCACAGGGACAGAGCCACUGCUGUUCAUAUUUCCUCUGCAGAUUGCAUGUAUGAACUUAUUAGCGGGAAGCGCUGAGCUGAAAAUGGCUGAAGGGGUUAUGAACGAUGUUAUUGCUGGGACGCAUGGGUUUGAGAUUGGACGAAGGCGAGAACUGAGGUCGUGGAGACUGGAUUGCUCUUGA